AUGACCAUUGCUUUGGGCUUUGAGAUUGCUGAGGCAUCCAAAGAGGACAUGGAUGAAGUGUUCCAGGUCCUCCUUGCAGCAUAUGCUGGCGAUGAAGUCUGGCAUCAAGUUUUCAAGAAUUGCAAGCAGGAAGAUAUUCACCCAUGGAUCAUGGCAAACCUCAAUGGACGGUGGACAAUGCCAGAUAUCAAGACAUUCAAAGUGACUGAUAUUUCUACCAAGUAUGUUAUUAUUCCACACACUAAUUCACCUGCACCGUCCAAUAUCAAUCUAAAGAAUAGGAAAAUCGCGGCCUGGACAGCACUAGAGUACCCGUGGAAGUACGUCCCAGAGAUGGAUGAUGAUCUCAAGGGCCAUGCUUUGAGCGAAGAGUUGCCACCAGCUCUCGAAGGCAUGAAUAUGGAAGCCUUGUUAGCAUUUUUCAUCAGCCUAACAGACUCGAAGAACCAUGGGUGGAACCCCGAGGAAGAUUACCAUCGAAAGGGCACAAUGGUCCACCCGGACUAUCAGAAAAGGGGAUUUGGUACGGAGCUCACUAAGCACUGCAAUGCCAUCUCCGACGGAAGCGGUGAUAGGACGGGGGUGCCAGCGAGGCCGACUUCGGUAAACAUGUUUAGGAAGAAUGGUUUCAAAGAUAUUGGAUCUGUGGAUGCGCACUUGGAGAGAUGGGGUGGAUCGAGAGAGAAGAGCAUCACUUGGACGCUCUUACGAAAUGCGACUUCGUUUUAA